UCCCACCGUCUAGAGAUGGCCAUCAACACGGAUUCCGCCUACGGGAAGAGCGCCCUGGGGGAGCGGGAGGUCUCCAACCCGGUGGGCUUCCAGGACACGGAGAAGCUGCUGAGCGCGUCGGCCGCCGAGCCCAGCGGCCAGAGCAACCUCAAGCCGUCCGACUCCUUCUCCCUCAACAUGCGCGGCAGCGUGCGCUCCCUGGACGCCGAGCAGAACGGGCACCGGUCGCCCCUGAAGUCCGGCUCCGUGGGCCAGCUGCCCACCCCGCCCCGGUCCACGUCCCGGCUCAGCCUGGGCCCGCUGCCCUCCCCGGUGCCGCCCGGGUCCGCGCCCCAGGCUUACCUCUGGCUGGCCGUGCUGUCCUGCUUCUGCCCCGCCGUGCCGCUCAACAUCUGCGCCCUGUGGUUUGCUAAUGUGUCGAGGUCUGUUCUCCACACAGGAGAUUUAGAAGGCGCUCGGAAGUACGCGCGUCUGUCGAUGCUGCUCAGCAUCCUGGCCAUGCUGCUGGGUGUGGCUGUCAUCAUCUUCAUCGUGUUAACAAUAGAGACGAAGGCAUUCUAAACACCCUCCUUUAACUUCAUCUGAUCUCAAAUUUGCACAAGAGGAGGAUUGGGAGGAAGAGGAGGAGAGGGUCAAGUUUGAAGAAGAAAAAAAAAGCACAAAAUCAAACUCAAGUGACUGUAAUUUACAAACUAUUGUUAUUUCUGCUAUGAACUUAAAAAAAAGAAGAAGUUGGAGGAGGAAAGAAGUCGCAUUCCAUUUCUCUUUGCCUGAAAACCCCAGAAACUCAGGAACCACGGACGGAAGGAGAAGAACGGCUGCACACGGUCACUGUGGACACACUGCAACUUACUGACUGAAGCGUCGGACACACACACACACACACACACACACACACACACACAUACACACACACACACACACUGAUCAUUGGAAAUUGUGAUGGGAGGAUCUUUAAAAACACGGGUUUAACACUCCUCUGGUCUGUAACGUCACACUGCCUGCUCCGGCUUCCCUCCCUGAUAUCCACUAAAGAAAUAGAGAGCGGCUCGUCUCUCUGUGGGACUCUGGGUAUUUAUAAGCCGUUUUCAUACACUGUUCACACCACCUGUGUAUCCACCACAGCAAAGCCCCCCUGCGGUCAUGGUGUGAUGUGUUGCUUCGCCUUCUCACGCGGUAGAACUGAACCGACUUCCUGUUUUUGGGACUCUGGAUGUCUGUACCUCAUUAUGUUUACAAUAUACUGCAAGGUCUGAACGGGGCCGCCGCCCUCCUGUAUGCACCGACGGCGGCUCCCCGAUGCUCAUGUUUCUAUACAUUUAUACUGUACGAGUGGUUUCCCGUGCCAUAGUUCUGCAUGUCUGAAAUAAACGUGAA